UUACAUUAGUAACUAGUAACAGACAUUUCAGUGCAAAAUGCGGGUUGUUGCAGUUGUAGCGUCUUUGAUAUUGUCUCUGCAGUAUAGCAACGCAAACGAUUGCGUUCAAAGGGCUGAAAAAUACGGACCAGUAUGUGUGUGUAAUUCCACCUACUGUGACAACGUCCCCGAUGUACUGGACCUCAGUUCCGGACAGUACCAGCUCUACACUACUUCCAAAUUAAAGUUGGGAUUCGCCUCCUCGACCGGAAGUUUUUCCAACGGAGGUCCUUCUGCCACCGCUACCAUCGCGGUCCCAGAUCUUAAAGCCACCCAGCAGAAAAUAUUGGGAUUCGGUGGGGCUUUUACUGAUGCCGCUAGUUACACGAUACUAACCUUGCCCGAGGCCGCCCAAGAUAAACUUUUGCAAAGUUACUUCGCUGAUGAUGGUAUCCAAUAUACUAUCAAUAGGGUUUUAAUGGGCACGUCCGAUUUUUCUGUCAGAGGUUUUACGAAUCUAGAUGAAAAAGAUGAGACACUUGAAAGCUUCGCCUUAGUGCCCGAAGAUUCGGAAAUGAAAAUUCCAGUAAUCAGAAAAGCCCAACAGUUUCGUGGUGACGCUCUUAAACUCUUCCUUUCAUCUUGGUCAUCACCAAAGUGGAUGAAGACUAUUGAAGAUUACUUCGGCGAGGGAGUUUUAAAAACUGAGUACAAUCAACUGUGGGCGGACUACUACAUCAAAUUCUUCGAAGCUUACCAGGAAGCUGGCGUGGAGUUCUGGGGAGUAACUGCACAAAAUGAACCUUACACCAGUCCGGCUGGUAACGUCAACUUGCGAUGGUCGUACAACUCUCUGAGAGACUGGGUACUGGACUACUUCGGCCCAACACUCAGAGACUCAACCUUCAAAGAUCUGAAAAUUCUCAUGCUUGACGACAACACCAACCAUAUUGAAAAUUUCAAAAGUCGCACCUUUGAAAGACCGGAAAUAUUGGAUUAUCUCGAUGGCAUUGCCCUCCAUUGGUACAACGACAAUCUCAAUCAAGACAGCUGGUUCGAAGGGUGGCCAGAAAGUCUUUUCCUGAUCGGCACCGAAGCUUGUCAAAGUGUCAUAAACUAUUUAACAGAGAACAAAGUUCGACUAGGAGACUGGGAUAGAGCCACGGAAUACAUAGAUCACAUAGUCUAUGAUUUAGAUCAUCAUUACACUGGAUGGGUGGAAUGGAACCUCGCGCUGAAUCUUGACGGGGGACCGAGCUGGAUGAACGCUUCUCUCGAUGCACCAAUUAUUGUUAAUGCCACAGCUGUAGAAUUCUACAAGGAACCGAUGUUCUACGCUCUAGGACACUUUUCCAAGUUUAUCGUUCCCGACUCGCUCAAACUGGCAUUAACCACUAGCGAUGGUCUGUCUGACAACGGUAUCAGAACUGUGGCAGCUUUGAGACCCGACGGAAAAGUGGCAGUAUUUGUUACGAACGAAAAUGACAACUCAGUCACUAUUCAAAUUAGUAUUGGUGAAUCGAGUCAGUCCAUUGAAUUUGCAGCAAACUCGAUUAAUACUCUUCUUUAUAAUGUGUAAUAUACUGUUCUCUAAUAAAAGAUCAAAUUAAUCCCAGGAAGUUUUUUCAAGUCAAAU